GAGCAAGCCAUAGCUGCCGGCGCCGUCGAUUGUGGGGAAUCGGCAUGGCGGACGAUCGAGGACCGGGGACGGAGAGCGGUUUCGAUCUCCGUUAGAGCUCCGACUGUUUCACGCCACAAUCUGGUGGCUGCUCGGUGGCUGCGUUCCUUCCACUUCGACUUUGUGAAUUCUGUUGCCUUCAGAGGUUCGUGAACCCUACUAAACAAUACAAGCAGGGGAGGCCUGCAUCUAUUUCAAGAUGACCCAACCUCCAAUAACCAUAACGGCGGACGAAGUUAACUGCCUUAUACACGCGUAUUUCGAGGACUCUGGGUUUCAGCAUAGUGCCUUUGUUCUACGCGCUGAGGGACAGUUGGAUCGUUCUCCUCACAUAAACAAACAUGUGGCUCGCGGAGAGCUCGUAUACCUUCUUAGCAAGGCUCUGCUCUAUACUGAAGUCGAGGCACAUUGGCGAGGGAACGCUAUGACCUCAAAUUGCAAAGCACCUUUCUCCUUACUUGACCAACACACUUGCUCUUUGGACCCCAAUCUACCACCAAUUGCUACUUUCAACCCACCGAUUCCUCCUGAGGCAGUCCCUGUCUCUCUGAACGGCACGACAGAGAAACGAAAAGGAGGCGCACUGGAAGUUGACGAGAGUCAACGAAAUAAACGCGCGAGGACUGAAGAUAGCAUGGACCUUGACAGUACAACUUCCACUGCACCGCGUACGUCCGUUAGACGAACGACACUAUUGACUGGCAUCUUGUCUUACUGGUACAUGACAGAAACCAAACCUUCCACUCCUGUUCCUCUCAUGCCGAUUGAUGGUGCACUAUCCGUUGCUCAGCGACAUCCACGAACACGUCCGCCGGAAGAGAUUACAGAUCUGAAUGCUGUCAGUCUCCUCAAAGGUCACAAAACCGAGGUGUUCGUCUGUGCUUGGAACCCUGUAGACGCGAAUAAAUUAGCUACCGGUUCAAAAGACACGAUAGUGCAUCUCUGGAAUCUUCAUCCUUCAGAAGGCGGCGGCCCUAUAACCUCCGACCCACCUCUCGCCCUCGAUAAUCUUUCGAAAACCACACAGGGCGAUAUCACAUCCUUGGACUGGAACCCAGCAGGCACACUACUGGCUGUAGGCUCAUACAACGCAACACUUCAAGUAUGCACGCCGAGCAGCGAGUUGUAUUUCUCCCGCGAGCAACAUGAGAAGGGUCCCAUAUUUGCUACGCGGUUCUCGAAGUCGGGCAGAUGGCUUCUGACGGCUAGUCUGGAUGGGUCGGUUUGUGUCUGGGAUAUUCCGGCGAAAGAGCUGCAUAGGCAGUAUAAAAAUCAUGAAGCCUGUUGCUUGGAUGUCGAUUGGAUUUCGGACGAUCUUUUCGCAAGUUGCGGCGCAGAUGGUAAAAUCCACGUCUUGCGAUUAAAGUCUGCUGUACCUGUCAAGACAUUGAUUGGGCAUGCAAGCGAAGUGAAUCAAAUUAAAUUUAACUCCAGCAAAGGUCUGCUCGCAUCAUGUUCCGACGAUCACACUGCUCGUAUAUGGUCGAUGCACGAUCUUCUCAUACCCGAUGCACCCGCUAUGCCUGCAAAGGUUCUAGAAGGGCAUGAAGGGACGGUUAGUAGUGUAAUGUGGCAGCCAAAAACGCCGGAAGAGGAACAUGCACUACUCGCGACAGCAUCUUUCGACACCACAUGUCGAUUAUGGGAUACCGCUACUGGCGAAUGUCUACAUGUCUUCAGGGAUCACCAACUGUCGAUAUAUACCCUAUCAUGGAGUGCGGACGCCCGGUUACUCGCGACUGGUAGUGGUGAUGGUUGGGUUCACAUUUACGAUGUCAAGACUCAUGAACGAAAAUGGUCAUGGAGUGCUGGCGAUCGAAUAGGCAUAUUCGAAAUUGAUUGGGAACAGCACGGAGAUGUCGAUCGUCUGGCACUUGCCCUCCAGAACUUCCAAGUCGGAAUUAUCGAUGCGUCUCGUAUACCUGCGCUCAAAUCGUCGUAGCCUACCCACCCUCAAACUCCAUGUCACCAUCCUCGCUCGUUGUUGUAAUUUCUACUCAUGCUGUAGUGUAUACUAGUCACCAUAUGUGAAGGGGAUAUUGUAGUAACUGUUUGUAAAUCAUACUAUUGCCAUCGUCUUCGGAUGUAUUC